GGCUGGCGGUACUUUCUGCCUGGUGCGUCUUCCCGUUCUUGGUGCUGGCGCCGUCACCAUGGCGUUCACACUGUACUCACUGCUGCAGGCCGCGCUGCUGUGUGUGAACGCUGUCGCCGUGCUGCAUGAGGAGCGCUUCCUCAACAAGAUUGGCUGGGGGGCAGACCAGAGUGUCGGUGGCUUUGGAGAAGAACCAGGGAUUAAAUCACAACUCGUAAAUCUGAUCCGAUCUGUACGCAUGGUGAUGAGAUUGCCAUUAAUAGUGGUGAAUUCCAUAACAAUUGUACUCUUGCUACUAUUUGGAUGAAAGAUUGAAAAGGGUGUCUACACUUUAUUCUUCGGUGCUGGGAUGAAGCAAGGAUUUCCACAAGAAUGGAGAGUUGCAAAGUUUCCUGCUGCUUAACUCCAUAAUCUCAAAGAUUCCAUGAAAUAUAUGCAAGCAAACUCAUUACAUUACUUCCCACAUUGUUUUGUACACAUCACCAAAAAAAUAAAGACAUGAAUGACAAAAAUGACUUGUCAACAUGCUGUGCAAACUAAACUAUGGACUGUUACAAAUUGUUUGAAAUUAAAGCCAUUUGCAGUUCA